AUUUUAGUUUGUACUGUACAAACAAUACUGUAUUGUCAGCUCUGACAGCACAAUGACAGGCGAAAUAUUCAAAACUGAUCGGUAUUGAAAUCGAUCGUUUUGCGGCAUUUUUGUGGAUUAGUUUGUUAAUUAAUAUUAAAUAUUAUUACUAUGGCCGUUGCACAAAUAACUCAAGAGUCAAUGUUUGGAGUUAGUGGCACUGCAGUUGACGCAAUUAGAUGUAAAAUGAGGAAUGCGGCUGAAGUUCAACGUCACAAUAAACGACAUGAGGUAAAUGAUAUGUUGCGUUGCGGGUUAGGCGAAAUGAUCGAAGACUUCGAAGCAAUCUCAACACAGGAAAUUGUAGAUUUAUCAGAAAAGUUAAGAAGUCGCAGAACGGCGACUUGUGAAGAUCUAUUUCGUCUUAGCCGUGCAUUUAUUUCAGAUGAACAACACAUUGUCGCAUUUAUGUCGACACCUGGCGCAUUUCAAGUCAUCAUUAAAGAGCUAACAGGACGUCGUGCUGAUAGAGAACUUUUGGCGCUUCAAUGUAUUUGUAAUUUAUCGUUGGGUAAAGCCAAAAUUUGCGAGAAAAUAGUUGCUUAUGCAGGCAGUUAUCUAAGUGUUAUACUUGAAGGUGGAUCGUAUGAAAUGAAGUCCAUUGCUUUAUGGACAUUGGCAAACAUUAUUUCAACAAGUGGUCGUUGCGCAAAGAAUUUGAUUAAUAUUAAUUUAAUUACUAUAUUGCUUGAUUUAUAUGUGAACACAUAUACAAGCUUCGCUGACGUAUCUAGUGAUGCCGGUUUGUGCUUGUAUCUUUUAGCACUCAAUGGUGCUUCAUAUAUAAACGCUGAACACAAAUGUGUUAUUUAUAAAACAUUUAAUUUGAAAAAUCCGUAUACAGAAGGUGCUGAGUAUCUUUUGGCCAUAUUGCUACACGCUGGUUUUUUUGAAAAAGACUGCGUCAUACAUGAGCAUAAGUUAAUAUAUUUAGUUAUUUUUAUAGUUAACAAUAUAAAUGAUUCUGAUAAUUUAUUGGAAAAAACAAAUCGUUUGAGAGUGUUCUACUCUAUUCGUGCGCUUGGUAAUCUCAUUCAAAUGAAUCCAGUUACUUUUACUAUUUUAAAAGAGGAACUUAGCGGCAAUCAACUUAACGAUUUCUACAAUUUUAUGCAAAAACUAAUAAACUUCCACGACAGUUUCCUAAAUAAAGAAAUCGAAUGGGUGAUUGAAAUUAUUAAAAGCAAUUUUUCAGAAGAGAAUCAAGAAAUAUCUCAAAUCGAAGAACUCCUAAAUGAUACUGAAUCUGUGGCUAUGGAAUAGAAUAUAUUUUUUUUUAUUUAUGUAAAAGUACAAAUUGUGAUCCACAACAUGCAACUUAAAGACUUUAGCUAUGUUAAAUACAAUGAAUUGUAAUUGGUCUAAGUUUGAAAAUGAAGAUAUAUACA